CUGUAAAUACAUCAAGCAGGAUCUAAGGAAACCGUCAUAUGACCCUCUUCUCUCUCUAAGACGUGGCAUGAAGUCCGGAAGAAACACAUCCGCUCCUCCUCCCCCUCCUCCUUUAUCCUCACUCCUCCGCAGGUACCGGUUCGACAGACGGUCCGGCUGCUGGUUUGCAACGAUGUGGCUGGUCGUGUUGGUCAGCUUGUUCCACUUCGGUUCGGCUUACGACGUGGACCCGAACAAACUGGAGGGCCUGGCGAGGGCGAGGGUGGAGUCCUGUGGUGGAUGACAGCUGAACAGACUCAGAGAGGUCAAAGCCUUUGUGGUCCAGGACAUUCCUCUUUACCAUAACCUGGUGAUGAAGCACAUUCCUGGAGCUGACCCCGAGCUUGUCCUCCUGAACCAUUACUAUGAAGAACUAGAUCGGAUCGCCCUGACUGACAUGACCCGCUCUGAAAUCAACGAGCUGCUGGGGAAGCUGGGUUUUUACAAGAAAGCUCAAGAAGACGACGAGGUCCCGGAAGAGUUCCGCUUCUCUCCGGCCAAAGACAGCCCGUUCAAAGAUGAGCCCACAUCCAAACGCUCCGUCUCCGACACAGAGAACACCUCCUCUGGGCCUGAGGCGCAAGUCCAGCACACUGACCUAUAACCUUGAAGGACGGCUAAAAAUAAACUUUGGCCCACAACCAGCUGAUUAAUACUGCUGCUGUUUGUGUCUCACAACAAGAUUAUAGAUUAAUUUGUGGAAGUAGAAGGGAAAUCGUAGUAAUCUCCAUAAUGUGAACCACUUCUUGUCAGUACAGGUCAUUUUUAGACUGUUUUUCUACAACAAAGGCUCAAAGUUUUAUUGUAUUCAUGUUCCAUAAUGUGUAGUUUGUCUUCGGUACUGUAUACCCACCUUCUUUGAGUUCUUGUGUGUCUGAUUGCUCCUUUCCUGCUGUGAAACUGAAUGAAGCUUCAGGCUAAAAAUCUGACUGGUCUGUGGCUGAUGCUGCUUGUUCUGGUGGGUUGGACUGAUGCACACACACAAACUCAAGUGGGAAAAAAUUAUUAAAACAAAUCUGUAAUCCCUGCUGUGUUUCAUGUUUCGGAGUAUGAAUGAUUUUGAUAUAAAGUAAUCUUCCAAYACAG